UACUGCGCUCCCUCACCCGGACAGACAUGGCGGCGUACAUGAUCACUUCAACCCUGCAAAGAGUUUUGCUUGUUGCUAAGCAUGCCUCUUUCCAGUCCAGAUGCUGUGUGGCGUCCAGUCGAGUACAGUACUCCACCGUUUAUGAUUCCAAUGAGAAGACCUUUGAUAAGAUCCUUAUUGCAAACAGAGGAGAGAUCGCCUGCAGGGUGAUGAAAACAUGUAAGAAGAUGGGUAUCAAAACAGUGGCGGUGCACAGUGAUGUCGACGCCAGCGCGGUCCAUGUGAAGAUGGCUGACGAGGCAGUGUGUGUAGGCCCCGCCCCCACCAACAAGAGCUACCUCAACAUGGAUGCCAUCAUGGACGCUAUCAGGAAGACUGGAUCCCAGGCCGUGCAUCCAGGCUACGGCUUUCUGUCUGAAAAUAAAGAGUUUGCCAAGAGACUG